AUGAAGUACAUUCUCCUCGCCCUCACAUCUGCAAUCCUCACCUCUGCCGUCCCAGCACCGGUACUCGCCCCCCGCGCACCACCAAACAUCCCCUCCACCGCAACAGCCAAGACGCAGCUCGCCGGCUUGACCGUCGCAGCACAGGGCCCUCAGGAUGGCUACUCCCGUGACUUGUUCCCUCACUGGAUCACACAGAGCGGCGCCUGCAACACCCGCGAGGUAGUACUCAAGCGUGACGGCACCAACGUCGUGCAAGACUCAUCCUGUGCUGCCACCUCUGGCACAUGGGUUUCUCCCUACGACGGCGCCACCUGGACCGCCGCCAGUGACGUCGACAUCGAUCAUAUGGUCCCCUUGAGCAACGCCUGGAAGAGUGGCGCCGCUUCCUGGACGACCGCCCGUCGCCAGGCCUUCGCCAACGACCUCACCAACCCCCAGCUCCUCGCCGUCACCGACAACGUGAACCAGGCCAAGGGCGACAAGGGUCCCGAGGCUUGGAAGCCCUCCCUAACAAGCUACCACUGCACCUACGCCAAGAUGUGGGUCAAGGUCAAGAGCACAUACAGCCUGACCAUCACGUCUGCUGAGAAGAGCGCUCUGACGACUAUGUUGAACACUUGCUAG